AUGAAUGCCGUCUCUCGAGUGUCGAGGCUGUCGCGGUCGUUGGCCAGGUCGUUUGCUACUCAAGCUGAGCAGCUGCGACAAACGCCGUUGCACGAUUUUCACGUCCAAAAUGCGGCAAAGAUGGUCCCAUUUGCGGGCUGGUCAAUGCCGCUAUCAUACGGCGACGUAGGCCAAGUUGCAUCGCAUAACCACACCCGGACCGCUGCAAGCUUGUUCGAUGUGUCGCACAUGCUGCAGUCGCAUUUCCGAGGGCCGGGUGCUACUGCAUUUCUCGAGAAGCUCACCCCCUCGUGUCUUUCAUCCCUUAAGCCUUACACGUCGACACUUUCGGUGCUUUUGAACGAAGACGGGGGCAUUAUUGAUGAUAUGAUCAUCACGAAGCACGCGGAGGAUGCGUACUAUGUUGUAACGAAUGCUGGAAGACGGGAUCGGGAUAUGGCUUGGUUCACAGAACGUCUAAAGGACGAGGAGAUAGCUGGCAAGGUGGAUUGGGAGGUCCUAGAUGGUUGGGGGCUGCUUGCCUUGCAAGGCCCACAGGCUGCCUCCUUCUUGCAGUCGCUGACAUCCUUUGACCUGAGACAACUGACAUUCGGCAAAACUGCGUACAUCCCAAUCGAAGGAUUCAACCUCCAUGUCGCCCGAGGGGGAUAUACCGGAGAGGACGGAUUUGAGAUCUCGAUCCCACACAACCAAACACUCGCGUUCACUGAACUAGUGUACAAGAACCCUCCUGUUCAACUAUGUGGUCUUGGUGCUCGCGACAGUCUCCGCAUCGAAGCCGGGAUGUGCUUAUAUGGCCACGACAUCGACGAAACCACGAGUGUCGCAGAAGCUGGGUUGAGCUGGGUCAUAGGAAAAUCGCGAAAGGAAAAUAUCAACUGUAUUGGCGCCCAUCGCAUCCUGAAAGAUAUCAAAAAUGGUCCUCCAAGACGGCGCGUAGGCAUGAUUGUAGAAGGUGCACCAGCUAGAGAGGGUGCUAAAAUCUUUACGCCUGAAAGCAAUGAUCAAUUAGGUGUUGUCACGUCAGGCAUCCCCUCACCCACACUUGGCAAGAACGUUGCAAUGGGCUACGUACGAAAUGGUUCGCACAAGAAGGGGACAGAACUCGAGGUAGACAUCCGUGGUAAGCGGCGCAAGGCCGUCGUCACAGGAAUGCCCUUCGUCGAGAGCCGUUAUUUCAGAGGCUAG